AACGUCGCCCCCUUUCUAAAGCUUAAAAUCGGAGCACAAGGUUUUUAUUCAUAUUCUUGUUAAUUGCUUAAUUACCAGCGCAGUGGGUCAGCGAUAAUUAACCGAACUGUCAAAGUGAACCGUUAAUUUCACGCUCCAAUUACCCCCGAGUUCUGUUAACCCGUUAACUAUAGAUUUUUUUUUCUUGUUUGAUCUUCGUGACGUCACAUUUAAAUGCCUUCAUGACAGGACAUGAUCGAAAAUCCAUUUUAAAAACAUACUUUUUUAAACACUGUGCACUUAUGUGCCAUUGUGACACUUGUGGAGAACAGUUCUGUGGGGUUUGACCUAAUGUUCAUGGUGUUGGCAUAUUUUGCAGUUUUUGACAUCUGAAUUGUAGUUUGGAACAAACCUUCCCUCUCUUUUAUGUAGACUGAGGUAGCGGCACCAUGUGAAGGAUAGCUCCGUUCGUGGGUCCUUAUCACUCCAAUCCGUCCUAUAGAACAUGCCCACCCAGGAGAGGAAGCGCUCACCCCCCUCAAACAAUGAAUGCAAAAGACUGAAACAACUUCUUCAACUCCUAAAUUCUCCGAUCAACAAGAAACAUGAACAGCUUCCUUCCAUAACCUCAAAGAGAAAUGUGACAGCCGGUCACCAGCAGUGGCCCUGCCCCCAGGGUAAGGUGGUCCAGCACCAACAACAGUCUACAGAAAGCCUGGUCCUAGAGAAGUUCAACUUAAAGUACCAGUCGCAAAGGCAGUUCGUGACUCAUCCUCUGUAUGAACGAUUUUCGGAAGUCUUUUCAGCCCUGAUCAAACAGAGAUUAUGUUGUGUGGACUGGAUAAACUCGGCUCCUCCGGAGAACAUACUCCGGCUGGUGACGUGUCUCCGUAUCCUGAUGAGAGAGCCGGAGUUCCAGAAAGUCUUCUACACGAUUCAUGGACUCCAGGUUCUAUCAGAGCUGUUUAUCAAAGCCACCAACAGUUACCUGCUGUAUGGGGAUUCCCCUUACCUGGUGGACAUACUGAAGGAAAUGUCAAACAUUUUCCAGAAGUUUGCUGCCGUUAACGAGACCCAGCGAGAGUGGCUGGUGGAAUGUAAAGUUCACGAGGGGCUUCUGUUGUUACUGCGUGGCCAUGGCGACGACCUCAUUGCCCUCCACUGUGCUCUACAUGCUCUUCUUGCCUUAGCUCAUUGUCCAAAAGCCAGACAGUUGAUCGCAGAACGGAACUGUGCCGAAGAUUUAUUGGCCAUCAUAAAGGACUAUGACAAUCUGUCCAAAAAACUAGCAGCCAAACUUCUCCAGCGCCUGUGUCACGAGCGUCUGUGUCAGGACUCGGUGCAGGAGCACCAAGGAAUCCCGAUCCUGCUGAGUCAGUUACACUGCGACAACGUGAACCUCCUCCUACCCGUGGUACAGUGUCUGAUCCACAUGUGUACCAACCCUGAGGCCAAUAAAGAGAUCCGACAGAUGGGGGGGAUUCCCACCAUACUGGCCCUUCUCAGAAAUGACCGUCAUUUUGUGACGGAGCGCAGUGAGACGGGGUGUGGAGCGGCCAGUGCUGGUCCCCACGGAAGGUCCCCUGUGGACGACAUUAUGUGUGACUAUGCAAUCCUUGCUGGCAAUGAGAAAUCCUCGGGCAGACAUAAGGCAGAUGAACUUAUGGAUCAAAAGAACCAAGUCAAAUGUGCUUGUUGUACUGCGCUCACAGAACUAGUCAUGAAUGAUGCCAAUGCCCAACAAAUCGUCCAAUCAAACGGCAUCUACACACUGGGAUGUUUGAUCCUCCCUCCCUGUGAAAAGUGCUCGCCCGAGGAAAUCAAACUGUGUAAAAGUCUACAGAAGUAUGGGUUUCGCGCUCUCCGUUUCUUGUUCAGUAUGGAGCGAAAUCGACGACUGUUCAAACGCUUGUUUCCCUCGGACUUAUUCGAAAUGUUCAUAAACAUUGGUCACUAUAAACAGGAUCUUAACGAAUAUAAACCGUUAGUGGAGAAAAUUAAUGGGUUGUCGCCGGAUGCUGUUGAAGAGAUUCGCCUCAAUAUUCAGGAGACAAACCAUAACCGAUCUCCGACAAGACACAUCGGAGACUACGCUGUGUUCGAACUGUUAGGAAAAGGUGCUUUUGGGUCGGUGUACAAAGUGUGCCGAAAGUCUGCGGGUCAGACCUUCUUGGCCAUGAAAGAGAUAAAUUACGAGUCGCCUGCAUUUGGUCGAAAUUCCCAAGAAAGGGACCAGAGUGUAGGGGAGAUAAUCAAUGAAAUUGCCAUCAUACGGGAACAGAUGAAACAUCCCAAUAUUGUCAGAUACUACAAAACUUUUCUUCAAGAACAAAAAUUAUACAUUGUAAUGGAACUGAUAGAGGGGGCCCCGAUAGGGGAACACUUCAAUUCUCUGAAGGAGAAGAAUAUGAAAUUUCCAGAGGACAGAAUCUGGAACAUAUUUAUGCAGAUGGUGCUGGCACUGAGGUAUCUGCACAAAGAGAAGGGAAUCCUUCACAGAGACCUGACCCCUAACAACAUCAUGCUGGGCGAGGACGACAAAGUCACCAUCACUGACUUUGGACUAGCCAAACAGAAGAGAAGUGACUGUAGCAAGAUGACGUCAGUGGUCGGAACCAUCUUGUACUGGUGCCCUGAGAUCGUACAGAACUUCCCGUACGGAGAGAAGGCUGAUAUCUGGGCCCUGGGCUGUAUCCUGUACCAGAUGUGUACCCUCCAGCCGCCGUUCUUCAGCGACAACAUGCUGGUGCUUGUCAACAAGAUUGUCAAUGCUGAGUACACGCCCAUUCCUGAAGGUGCUUAUUCCGACAGAAUCAUCCAGACAGUUCGAAGCUGUAUCUGUAAGUCUGUGGAUGACCGGCCGGACACUGUGGAGUUGGCCUCACAGAUCGCGGAUAAACUCCUGGUCCAUGUGGAUAACCUCCGGAUUAACCAGAUCACACUGGAGAAAAAGCUAGAGAAGGAAAGAAAGAAAGCCCAGAGACACUACUUUGAGGCCAACCAGAACAUGCAGAAGUAUCACCAGCUGUACCAGAUCUCCCAGGAGAAGUACGACCGCUUGGCCAACCUGGCUGGUAGCGGCGGGGCUGUGGGUCUGAAGGACAGUGACGUCAUCGACCCGAGUCUGGUGGAAGUCGAGUUUACUCGAGCUCUACAGUCUGAGUCGCUCUCGUCUGGAGGCCUGUCCUCCGAUGAGGAAGAUGAGAGCUGUCCCAGCAGUGAGUGUGAGAGUCGGGAGAGCAGUGCUGGCAGUACUCGGGGAACACGACGCCUACCCUCCAUCCCUCGACCUCCCCACACCCCCAAGACCCGCCGCGCUGAGGGGCGACCCAAGCGGUCCCAGUACGCCCUGUCUCCCCUCAGUCUGGACAUUCCUAAUGGCCACUCUCGUACAAUCAGGGACUCAGGGUACAGCUCCGGAGACCCAUCCCCCAACAACCUGACAUCGGCGGCCAGCUCCUCCGACCUCCUCCUGAACGGACACGAACCCUCGACCACCAAGGACUACCACCGGUCCAACAGUAUGCCCGCCCCCCAGUCUGUCACCCGCAACAGAAGAAAGACCAAGAGACCCAACAGUGCCAACACCCCCACCGUCACGAUAUCCCAGCGCCGCGUGCGACAGAUCAGUGACCCGAUACAGCAGAUGAUGCACCAGCUACACAAGAUUCUGUACAUCUGUCAGCUACCCCCCACCCUGGACCCCAACCCCCGGCGACGGCUCGUGGAGAAGUUCAAACGGGCUCUGUUUGCCCAGGACAGUAACAGCCUCAAUCUAAAGACUGAGGUCAAAAAGUUAAUGUCUGGAUCAAGGGAGAUAAUUGACAUGAAUCUGGGUCCGGUGGAGAGUAAGCGGGUCAGCUCCGCCAGUUCCUUGGAAGGGGAGACCACUCCAGACGAAAAAAGAGUAAACAACCAAUUUGACCCCGACUUUAAGGAUGCAGGAAUCACCUAUGAACAGAUGCAGACCUACAUUGAGGGCAUUCUGAGUGACUGUGGCUACUAUAGUAGUCUGCCCAGUGCCCGGGGCAGAACACCGCCCUUAGGGCCAAUAUUACCCAGAUAAACCACAUUCAGGGGGCCAUAUUACCAAAAUACGCCCUUUGCAGGUUUACAGUGGCUUGAGCCAAUAUUGCCAAGACAAGCCCCAGAAUCGUCAACUGUUAGGUAAUUUUACCUUUGUUGAUGGUCAAUGGAUUGGGGCAAAAUCACCUAAAAUGGCUCCAGGUUAGAAAAUUUUACAAGGAUCAUGUUUAUUUUGUGGACUUAUGAAUCACAUUAAACUUUAUUCAUUCAUGAGGAGGACUGGAGUUUCAGCUUUAAGUAUGUGUAGAAGAGAGAAAAGAAAAAAUUUGAUGGUAUGCAAGGAAAAAAUGAGGAUUUUUCAUUAUGACUGCAUUUUCACCAACAUUCCCGGAAAAAAAAUCAAAAUAUAAUAUAUAUUUUCCUAAAUCAUUCCGUCAAUGAAAAAAAAAAAUUUUUUCCUGGUUGUGGAAAACUAUUUUCUUCAAUGGACGUAACUGCAUGAAGAACAGCAAAUUUGUUUUUGGCCAAAUCAGAAUUCAAGGGUACUGAAUUAUCAGGUGUUGUUAAUUUGUUAGAGGUAGAUAUAUAUGAUUGUUAUGGAGUCUUUUAUUGUGAUGUCACUCUAUCAAGUACAGAUUGUUGUUAAUGUUAUAAAGAGUUUGUCAGAUGUACAUCCAUAUUUAUCACAUAUAUCGGUGUUGAAACGGUCAGUCAGUCGGUCAGCAUAGAUAUUUAUCUACUUACCAAUUUACAAGUCUUUGUAACUUUUUUUUUGUUGUUUCAUAUUUGCUGAAAGCAGAUGCAGAGAUAGUUAUCUUUAAUGAUGCUGUAUUUAAGGAAAAUUUAAUAAUAAUUUGUUCUUUUUAGAUUAAAAUCUGCUUAUAAACUGAAGAGUACUACUGAACAAUGAAACAAGUGUAUGUUCUUUCUGAGAACGUACCGUACUAAAUUUUGUUAUCUUUAUUGAAUUUGAGAAAUAAUGCUUUUCAUUCCAAACAUAUACUUAACAUUCCAGAGUAGAACAAUGAUUGCCAGAAACAUAAAUUAAAUAAAUCAGCAUAUAUAUUUUUUUGAAGGGAAAACUUAUAUUUGAUUGAGACCCCUCUAAUUUCAUUUCAUUACAUGUGUCUCAGUUGUGAUAUGCUAUCAUACAAUGUCUGAAGUUUUUUUCAUGUACAUUCAAAUGAAUGAGUUUUAUUGAUUUUUUUAUCAUUAUGUUCUCCACAAAUUAAUGCCGUCCAAAGCAUCAGUCUCAGACAUUUUAUUAUCUUUUUUUUUUUAAUUAUUAUUUUUUUGGUUUUAUGAAUUGCCAGUGCAUGCAUCAUGUGUGAGUGUUGUUGUGUGGUUUUUUUUUGGUCCAAUGAGAGUAAAAUGUUAUUUAAGAUAAUAUUUAUUAUUGAUGGGGAAUCUUUAUGUUAAUUUAUUUCUUAAGUUCACAGUUUUUUAUUUUAUAUUUAUUGUGUACAUUCCAUUCUAAGUGCUAAUACGCUUAACACUGAUUGUGUUAGCGUGAAAUAUGAAACCUUCAAACCUAGAGAAAAAAAUAUAUCCAAUACCUUUAGGUUUUAAGUUUUGUAGAUGCAAAGUUUCUGUGAAAACAAUUUAAAAUAAGUCUUCGAUUAAAUGAAACAGCCAUUAUAUAUUAGUGUCGGCUAGGAUUUCAAUUGAUAACAAAGUUUUUCAUAUAUUAUGUACGAAUUAAAAUCUCGGUGCCCCGUGCAUAAUUAUGUUCACAUGUUCGAUGCUUUUUAUUUUGUUUUACCGUCCAUUUGAGUUUUUUGAUUUACCGUCCAAUUUAUAUCUGGUCUCCAGAACUUCAUAUUUAAUUUACUUUUAAGUGUUGUGAUGAUUUUAACAAUUGUUGAUAAUUUUAUGAUAAUUAAUUAUUUAUUGAUAUUUAUGAUUCAACUGUUUCAUUAGCACCAAGUGUUAUGAUGAAUCAGAUGAUAUUUAAUCUAUGUCCGUAAUUACCGGUAGUUGAUAAUUAAAUAUAUUGUUUUCGUUUUAUUGAAAGUUAUUGCAUUCUCUGACAAAAGGCAUGUUUCUGCAGAUUUUUUUUUACAAUUUUUAGAAGUCUCUUUGAUAAGUUUUUAUUUCUAUAAGAAAUAUAAGCAACUGUUUAGUUUGUUCAGUUGAGUUUAUUUAACUGGUACUGUAUUCCAUUAAUGAAACGAGAUUACCAACCCUCCAUUACCAUGCACACAAUUGUUGAUGCCUGUUCAAAGUUGGAAUGGAUCAAUAAUUAACUCCAAAUUAAUGAAUUUUGUUUUAGGGAUCUUAUGCUUUCAUUGCAUAUUUUUAUGACAGAUGCCCGUUUAUAGUUUCAUUAAUAAACAAAAUCAAAGGGCUCUGCUUAUAAUAAGUUCUCAAUAAUAGUCAUCUAAGACAGUCACAAAUUCAUUCUGUAUUGAUUAUACAUUGCACAAUCUUAUCAAACUCACACACAUCCAUAUUUUUCACGUAUUUUAGUUAAAAUCUGAUCACUACAGAUUUUGUCAUCCAUUUGAUGUGUUAUACAUGUAUUAUUUUUUGUUUUGUUCAUUUUCAAAGUAUAUUAUUUUAUUUUUCCGUCCACUUUUCUGCAAAAUGCCGAGUCAGCAGAAUACACCUCUAAUGUAUUCUUUGUGGUGUAUACUGGUAUAUAAUGCCCUACCAUGUAUAUAUAUACACAGGGGGUAUGUAUUAUGUUGUAUAUUGAUCCAAUGAUUUGUAAAUGUGAUAAUUACUUUGAUUUUACCCCCCAUGCAUUCCCAUAGAUAUAUAUUUCUUGUUGAUGGCUACAUGGAUAUUUAUUAUUGUACAUUGUAUAAAGCAUGUAUCAUGAUUACAUGACAAUUUCACUUGUCAAUAAAUUGAAAUAACUUUCAACUUG